CGAUGUAAGCCGUGCAGCACUUGGACUUCCACACUCAACUGACCAAGAACUUCCACGACGAUUCUGCUCCCUCUCAAACCGCGAACUCCUUCUCAGACGCUAAAACUGGCACAACAACGCGAUUGAAAUCAACUUACGUAAUAUAUAAGUUUCCAAGCUGUACGCACACAGAGUGCCUGACGCUUACCUGCCAACACCUCUAUAUGGCCAUGGACUCAUCACUAGAUCUAAACGGUUUGGCAAAGUCUCUACCAGCAGCAAACCUCGAGAAAGCCGAGAAGGACUUGUUGAACAACUUUAAAGCUGCUGCGCUAAGUAUAACGACCCUUUAUCGAUCCUCAAGGCAUGCAUCCAAACGUGCUUACAACGCAGGAUAUGCUACGGCCUGCCAAGAUCUCAUGUCUAUGAUCCAACAGGGCGUUUCUACAGGUGGUGUAGCACUAUCUGGGUCAAGCAACCCACCCGGAGAUGUGAUGACGAUCGGGCGAAUCAUGGACUGGAUUGAAGCUAGAAUGGAGGCUGUGAAGGCUCGCGAAGAAGAGGAGGAUGAGGAUGAAGACCGUGAAAAAGAAAAAGAAAGAGUAAGAGGGAGCGUCCCUGCAAGCCGCCCCGACAUAAACAAGGACUCCACUCCCCGUCAUUUUUUUUCCGGGGACACUACGAGGGACACUGUACAUUCAGGUCCCUCUUCUUCCCGUCUGGAACAGCACACUGCUGCUCCAGCGCCUUUGACUCCGCAUUCCCCUUUUACAGUUAACAUAACCAAUGUUUCCAACAGACAAACUUCGCCUACGCCAUCCGCUGUGCCACCCGCGCGCCAAUCAAGCCACCCAUAUGCAGGGCAACGCCCAUCCAAGUCCCGUGCCUCAGGCACCAAGAAAGACAUCCCCGAAACAUUCUCCAUCGGCCCACCUAUCACAGCGUGUCUUACCCCGUCAGAGAAUAUAUUCCGCACGUCUCCUGUCACUACUGCAACAUCUGUUACAGGAGACUCUGCAUUCGCCGACUAUACCGCUGGCGCUAAGCGUCGUCAUGCUGUCAUGAUGAUGCUCGAUUCCACCACUACUUCAGGCGCUACCGAGUCAUCUUCACAAGGAAGUAGCGUCUCAUCAACAAUCACAUCCGGCUCUGGAAAUACCAGACGCCGAACGCGGAGCUCACGGACGUCUGUCCUUAGCACCAGUCAUACACAGACCCAAAACAACUUGGGGGAUGCCAUGGACGUAGAAGAUGAAGGACGAGAACGAAAGCGAGUGGCUAGACGGUGACAACCACAGAAUUAGAAGUCAUAAAGGUAGGUAUGACCUUUAAGUGUAUGUCAUAAGGUCGCACUGUUUUUCUAUCCCAUUCUCACACCAUCCUUUGGCAUCUAAUUUAACACACUUCUGAUCUUCCGUUUGUAUUGCUCACCCUACACGAGUUCUGUAUGUACGCUUGAUUUCAAGUGAUACCAAUUUUUGUUUGGCGAUCAUUUUAUCCCCAUUACUGUUUUACAUUAAUAUAUGCGGUGGUUUAUGGUUUACGUAGCAGGGCUGAAAUAUCAUAAAGGAGAACACAUCUCAAUCCACCGUAACUGUUACAGCCGUUGGCGUUAUUCUGCGACUCAUCUCCACCUUCCUCGACUUGUUUUGUACACCCAGAACUUGGCUCUUAUACCCUUCCGAAUCAUCAGUCUUGUCAUCACAAUCAAAUAUGCGCGUACUCACUAUCCGCUCAAAGACUCCUAUU